AUGAAGGGCCUCAUCUUCAUAGGCGCUAUGGCCCUUGGCCUGGCAUCUGCCCAUGAAUAUCCCGACUGUGAGCACGACAACUGCUACAGGAAUCUCAUUGACCCACGUUUCAAUGGCGAAGGGUUUUGCUUCGAGUUUCUUUCGGGCACUACCACCGCCCCUUCUGCUAUUCCCACGGAUUUCAAUAAUUGCCAGGGUGAUGUGAAGAGGGUUUCCUCUGCUUGUUCUUGCAUCACUUACACGGCCACACACACAAGCGAGCCUCCCACAUCUACCCCUUCUACUUCGACCGUCCCAAGCACGGAAUCGACUACCCCAUCAUAUACCAAACCAACCCACACCAAGCCGACUCAUACCAAGCCUACACACACCAAGCCAACGGAGACUGAGACGACUCCUUCUUUCACCAAGCCAACUCAUACCAAGCCAACCCACACCAAACCUACUGAGACUGAGACUACAUGUACGGAGACUGAGACCACUCCCUCCUCCACCAAGCCAACCCACACUAAACCGACACACACCAAACCAACUCACACCAAGCCUACUGAGACUUCGACUACAUGUACAGAGACUGAGACUACUCCCUCCUCCACCAAGCCAACUCACACUAAGCCAACACAUACCAAGCCUACACACACCAAGCCUACUGAGACUGAGACGACUCCUUCUUUUACCAAGCCAACUCAUACCAAGCCAACUCAUACCAAGCCAACUCACACCAAGCCUACUGAGACUGAGACGACUCCUUCUUUUACCAAGCCAACUCAUACCAAGCCAACUCACACCAAGCCUACUGAGACUUCGACUACAUGUACAGAGACUGAAACCACUCCUUCUCACACUCACACCAAGCCAACUCAUACCAAGCCUACACAUACCAAGCCUACAGAGACUACUACUCCUUCUCACACCAAACCCACCCACACUAAGCCAACCCACACUAAGCCUACACAUACCAAGCCAACGGAGACUGAGACUACAUGUACGGAGACUCAACCAACGGAGACUACUACUCCCUCUCACACCAAACCCACGCACACCAAACCUACUCACACCAAGCCUACGCAUACCAAGCCAACAGAGACCAAGCCUACGGAGACCCAACCCACAGAGACCAAGCCUACGGAGACUCAACCCACAGAGACCAAGCCCUCGCACACCAAGCCCACACAUACCAAGCCAUCUCACCCACCACCUCCUCCUACUACCACAGAGUGGACAACCUCGACUAUUUACACAACCACUUGUAUCACCAUCACCACCUGCCCUCCUGAGGUACCAAACUGCCCUGGUACCACCACUACCAUCACUACCACAAUUCCUGUAACCACGACAGUGUGCCCUGUUACCAGCCAGCCUGCGACCACCGUUGUGGAGAGCUCCCACAAGCCUCCUGUUCCAUCCUCUGCCCCGCCUGUUGUCGGGAGCUCAACCUUUGUGACGAUUCCAGUCACCAAGUCAGAGAAGCACGAGGCACCAGCUCCUUCAAGCUCGGCACAGCCAACACAGCCCACGCAGCCGGCCCAGACAUCGCAGCCGCCGGCCCCAACAACACAGCCUGCACCCGUACCUGCUGGGGCUAAUCAAGUUAGCGCCGCGGUCCAGAUUGCCCUCAUUGCUGCUGGUUUGGUGGCUCUCAUGUAA